AUGACCAAACCGCUUGAAAUCCCGGAAUUGGAAAACUGGGAGUUUCUUUACAACAAGUCGACUCCAUUAGUUGGUCCAUCCGGGUACCUUAGGCCAUAUGCAAUAGUGCGCAAGUCUAACAAGCAAAAGUUCACUGCGGGCGACGACGUGUUGAUAGAGUCCGGGAAUCCUGACCGGCCGUUUGUGGGCAAAAUCAUGGACUUUGACUACAAUGCUGGUGGAGAUUCUGGUGGCACGCCGUUUGUUGAAAUGACCACAAUCUGGUACUCUGAUUUAUAUGAUAUUCCAGUGACAAUGCGGCGUCCAAAUCAUGAAGAUAAAGAGCUUUACUUGACUACCGACAUUGACAAGAAUGAUGUUGACACCAUUUUAGACCGGUGCCAUAUUGUAUCGCGUGAGGAGUUUUUAAAUACCACAAGGGACGGCCAUUACUAUUUUGCACGUUACGCUUACAAUUCCAAACAAAAGUACUAUACUUCUUCUACAGUCAAUUUACAAUCGAUUCAAAAAAACUCACCAGAAGUGUAUCUACAAAGGAUUGAUGAGAUUUUAAUGUUGGAAAGCACCAAGAAAAAGCGCAAGCUGUUUCAGGACGAUCAAAACAAUAAGAAACAAAAAGUGGAUUCGGAAAAAGAACUUCAACUUUUAAAUUCAGCAAUACCAAAACCACUACCAUUAGAAAAGGCACCAGAGGAUGUUGUUUUUUUGGGGGACGAAUCACUCCCUCCAGCUGUUAUUGCGCAGCUAUCUCCAGAAAAACCCAAGCGGAGAGGUCGGCCUAAAAAGAAUGCAAAAGACCCAGCUGAAGUUCCCAAGACAAUAAUACCCCAGGAUCCCAUCUUUGACUCAGAGGAAGCGGUUGCCACAGCAGCAAUAGCUGCGGUAGCUUCUGCAGCAUCUCUUGUUGAGGAGCGAGAACAAUCACAUACACCCGCACUACAGAUUGAAGAGACUACGACGGUUGAGCCAUCACCCAAAAAAAAAGAUGAGCAAACUCGGCGGACUCGUUCACGUACAGCAGUAGCUUCCACAGCAGCUUUAAAUCCAUUGUUCCCGAUUCCAACAGCAGAGACAACAGAUGUAAAUACUACGCAAACGCCUAGUCACGCAGAUAUGUCUAAUGCAGAGCUUCAGGCCACUGCCAAGGUUGCAAUUGCGACGGCAGCAGCAGAUACUGUUAAGGAAGUUGCUACCAGUGAUGUAGAGCCAUCUGUAAGAUCCGAGUUGGAAAACGGGCUAGUUGAUAUGACGCGGCGACGGGUUACUCGAAAAUCUGCCAGGAAUCCGUCAAAGCUUUAUUUACAAACACCUGCACGAAGGAUUGUAGUAAAGGCUCAACUCAACUAUUCGCGGCUGCCUAACCGGCCGGUUCCGGAGGCCGUGAUGCCAAUAAUACCAGAGCUUGAUGGGAGCAAUCUUCCUGGACAAUGCAAGGUGCCACAAGUUAAGGAACCUCGUGUGGAUUUUGCGGCAGCUCGGGCGCUGCUACAUGUAUCUACGGUACCUGAUGCGCUGCCAUGUCGAGACGAGGAGUUUUCUAAGAUUUUUGUAACGUUGGAAAAUGCAAUUCGAACACAGACAGGGUCGUGUUUGUACAUUAGCGGGACUCCGGGAACAGGCAAGACAGCCACAGUAAGGGAAGUGAUUACACAGCUGCAGAUGCGAGUAGGAGAUGAGCCACCAAAUAACCUUCCGUCUUUCAAGUGUGUUGAGAUUAACGGGAUGAAGUUGAUCAACCCACAAGAGGCAUAUGAAGUUUUGUGGCAAAACAUAAAGAAUCAGCGUGUGAGUUCGACAAACGCGGUUGGUUUGCUUGAGAAGGAGUUUAAGACAGGGAGCGGAGACUCUCGGCAACCAGUGCUUGUUGUGAUGGAUGAGCUUGACCAGCUUGUGACCAAGUCACAAAAUGUUGUGUACAAUUUUUUCAACUGGCCUGCACUGCCACAGUCUAAGCUGAUUGUUGUUGCGAUAGCCAAUACGAUGGAUUUGCCAGAGCGGACAUUUACCAAUAAGAUCUCGUCGCGAUUAGGGUUGACGCGGGAGGUGUUUAAGGGGUACGACUUUAAUGAGCUACAGGAGAUUGUUGUUUCGCGGCUUGAGCAGUAUAAGCACUUGGUGCAACAGGAGGCGAUUGAGUAUGCGGCGCGCAAGGUAGCUAGUGUGAAUGGAGAUGCUCGGCGAGUAUUGGACAUUUGUCGGCGGGCGUUUGAAUUAUCUGAGCAGGAUAAUAGUGAGGAUGGUGGGGUGGUAAAGAUUAAGCAUAUGAAGGCAGCGAUUGAUGAGACGACGAUAUCUGCAAUGGGUGUUUAUUUGCAAGGGUUGCCAUUGGCGUGCAAGAUAUUUUUGUGUGCGGUGCUUGCACGGAUGCGUCGAAGUGGGUUGCUUGAGAAUCCAAUGAGUGAUGUUUUGGAAGAAACUGAGCGGUUAUGCAAGAUGGCACCGAAUGCAGACAAGGUGAUGGAGGUUUUAUUUAAUCAGCGGAUUGGAGAGAAGAAGAAGAAUGAUGGGGGAGUUGAACAACAACAACAACAACAACAACAACAGCAGCAGCAGCAAGGACAGCAAGGACAGCAAGGACUAGGACAAGUUCAGUUGCAAUUGCCGAUACAACAAGAGCCACAGUUUUAUUCCAAGAAGCGAAUUCGGAUGGCUGGGUUUCAGAAUGCAAUAGCUGAGUUGAUUGAGGGGGGGAUAGUUGUUCAAUUAAACAUUCGAGGUGAGCGGAGUUCUCGGAUUCGGUUAACUAUAGCAGAUGAGGAAGUUCGGAGUGCAUUUAAGGAUGAUGAUGAUGUUGAAAGUAUGGUUUAA